GAAGCAUUGUUAUCUUCUCUCUCUCUCGCUUCAUGAUACCUCUGUCUUUCUAUACCUCUGUCUUUCUAUAUAUACACACGCGUGUGCCCAACACUAUCAGAAAAAUCAAGUCACGUCUUAGAGAGAGAAAUAAUGGGAGAGAAGAAGAGGGAGCAGAGACUCGAAGAGGCAGCCAUUAAAGGGGAAACAGCCUCACUGACGGAAAUACUUGGCGAAGAUCCGCUGAUUCUUCGACGAGUAAUGGUGGGUGGUUCCGUCCACACUCCUCUCCACGUGGCCGCGAACUGGGGGCCCCCGGUAUUUGUCCGGAAGCUGUUGGAUAACAACAAGGCACUCGCCGGAGUGCUGGACGAGCGGCGGCAGUCGGCCCUCCACCUGGCGGCGGCCAACGGACACCACGAGAUUGUGGGAGUUUUAGUGGAAGCUAACGCCAACAUGUGCUUUACUCCGGACGGCGAUGGCAGAAAUCCUCUGCACCUGGCGGCCGUGGAGGGGCACGACUCCGUAUUGAGGGUGUUCUUUGACCAGUAUCCACAUUGGAUUCAUAUGUUGCUCAAAGCCAUAGAUGGCGGCGGCAACACCAUCCUUCAUCUGGCUGUCAUGAACAAGAAAUUUCAGACCGCGAAAUUGUUGCUUAAGCAAAUAAAAGAUCAAGUGAAAACGAAGAACAUACAACCAAGAGACAAUCACGUAAACAUGAUAAACAAAUGUGGGUGCACCGCUUUGGAUAUUAUGAAAGAAUUCAAAUCUUCCGACAAACAAGAUUUUAAAGAUGUCAAGAAGAAGUUUAGAGAAGCUGAUGCCUUGAAAGCCGAAAAAGUCAAUCAGAUUGAAGGGCUAUACAAGAGGCAUGCUACGUUGAUGGUGGCGGCGUCGCUUAUCGCAACCGUGGCUUUCCAAGCCGGGGUGACCCCUCCUGGUGGUGUCUGGCAAGACAAUGCGCCCAACAAUUCAACAAACACCACCCAUACAGCUGGAGAAGCUGUGCUGGCUCAUAACUACCCAGAUAUAUAUGCACGGUUCUUUCAUGCCAACACAAUAGGACUUGUGUCAUCACUAAGCAUAAUUUUGUUUCUAUUGACUGGAUUGCCCUUCAAGAAAAAGUUGUUUACGCGGAUCAUGGUGCUGGUCAUGUGCCUCACAGUUACAUCCAUGGCACUUACAUACGCUUAUUCAAUCAUCGCGAUCACCCCGGAAGAGGCAAUAUUGGAUACUGUCAGCCAUUCCAUUUCUGUAGGGGUAAAAGUUUGGUGCGGGGUGAUCUGUGUUAUUGUGGUAAUUCACACCAUUCCCUUUCUGAGCAGGUGGUGUAAGGUCAUCUGGGAUAUAAUACGGCCACUGAUGAAGAAGUUCAUGGAAUUCAUCUCACUGAGGGCAACUGGGAUAUAAUACGGCCACUGAUGGAGAAGUUCAUGAAAUUCAUCUCACCUUCAAGUAACCAACGCCUACCAACUUCAUCUAAUGGGAAUGAACCCCAACCCCCUGCAGCUUAAUGGGAACGGGAACACAGUUUGAUCUAUAAUUAGCCUUAUCCGUGAGUUUGACUUAGUGAAAGGAAGAUGGCAUAAUUGAUGGACUGAGCAGAGAUCUCUUAUAGAAUGUGUUAAAUGUACUAUUGCCUUCUAGUUCCUUUUUAUGGAAAUUGAAUAAUUUCUUCCAAGUCGAAUCACGUUAUAUUUGUUGCUCUAUUGUUCAGGAACUUGGUGUUUGGCUGUAGGAGCAUCUCCAAUGGAGCACUAAAUUAG